UUCUCCCCAUCCAUUGCAUUGCAAAGAUGGUUGGAAUGGAGCAUUGAUGGAACGACAACAGGUUUAGGUUGCCAAAAUCAUGAAAUCAUUUUCAGUGUAUGAGCUGUCAGUCGUGUUUUUGCAAUAAGAUCUUUAUGAUCAUUGCAAAUUUAGUGUUUUAUAUGGACCUAUGAGGGAGCUAUAUAUUUGUUGCUUGCAGUGUAAGCUAGGCUAGUGCUAGCUUGUCAAAUAAAUGAAUCCCUUACUUCCGUGCAUCUGAUUGCCGUAGCUAGCUAGCUAGCAAGCUAAAUACCCAGCUUUUCAUUAUUUACUGUGCGUCCUAUCCAUCAUCAUGGCUAUCCCCCAGUUCCGCCUGUUUAAAUUAUGCACAUGCCUCGCUACCCUGCUCUCAUUCUUCAAGAGGCUGAUUUGCAGGUCAGGGAGGUUACGCAAGCUGAGUGGUGACCAGAUCACUCUUCCUACCACAGUGGACUUCUCAUCCGUACCCAAACAGCCGGAAAUAGAGGAGUGGAGCUCGUGGGACGAGGAUGGGCCCACCAGCAUCAAGAUCGAGGGCGGAAACGGCAACGGAGCUCCACCCUCACCCGACCAGGAGGAGGAGGAGCCGGACUACUUUAAAGACAUGACCCCCACCAUCAGGAAAACGCAAAAGAUCGUGCUGAAGAAGAGGGAGCCUCUGACCUACCUGGCUCCUGACGGCCCGGGGGGCUUCUCCAGCCGCCUGGCGGCCACUCAGGACACCUCCUUCAUCCAGCCCUCGUCUGAGCUGGGGGACAUGGACGCCUGGCAGGAGGACCCCAGCGCCUGGGAGGAGGAGUCAGACGCAGCCUGGGAGGCUGAGGAGGUCCUCAGGCAACAGAAGCUGGCAGACAGGGAGAAGCGUUCGCUGGAGCAGCAGAGGAAGAAGAUGGAGAAGGACGCUCAGAGGAUGAUGAGGAAGGAGCAGAAGAUGGCCGUCAAGCUGUCCUAACACAAAGGGAGUCACAAACACUGAAUAUGAACAUGUAAUACCUGCCGCCACCUCCCCCUCUUCAAAACGGGAUCUUCAUCGUCGUCAUCAUCGUCGAUCCUCGACUGUCAUUCACCUUGAACAGUACCAGCAACCAAGGGCAUCAUUGAGGCUGUGCAUUGCAGGGGUAACCACACUUGGGACUGCGGGCCCUCGCUGGCCCCUGGUUACCCUGACCCCCCCAUGGGCACAACGUUGAAAGCGCAGGCCCUGGAGGCUGGCCUCUCCCCUCUGGUCACCGUCAGCAGAGGCUGAAGUAGUUGAAGUAGACCCCCCCUCCCCCCUCAUCUGUCACCCAGACUAGGCUCACAUUUCUGUAAGUAGACGCUAGAUCUAGAAUACAAAGAACCGUUGACAUUUUUGCUUCCCAGGAUUAUGUAUAAAUAUACUUAAGCCCGCUGUAUGGAGCUGGUGGACUUGGAGGAGGUACGAUCUGUCUUAUUUGUCUGCUAGUAAACAAAAGAGGGUCAUUUAAUUCAGAAUACAUUUCAGUGGAUAAAUCUGUGACAUCCCUUUUUUUGCUUGAUCAUUGUGCUUUUUAUUUAAAUGUUCUUCUUCUUGGUUAAAAACACAUUUUCUCAGUGCUGUUGCUUGAUAUCCUCUGCAGCCCUGCCCUGAAUACUCUGGCGUUCAGAGGAAAGGCAGGGGGAGAUUCUGAACAUGUGAAAUUAAACCAAUCCCAGGGUUCUGAUAAUAAAGUUCAGCCUUACCUAAGAGUUAGCUACGGGUUCCUAUGGUAACCUUGUGGCUGGUGACGCACCAGAUUCCAUCCUUUUUCUUCUGU